CCUCGGACGAAAGCACCCUUGCAGAUGGUAGUGCCCUCGAAGCUGGAGAAGCCUCCACGCCUUCAAGUGCCAGAGAGCGAACCUUUCCUACCUCGAGGAAUCUGGUUACUUCAGAGCAGUGCGCUAUAUGCCUAAAGACAUUUCUUGUGAUUCUCGAAGAAAUUUGUGGGGAGGAGGAUGACGUGGCGCCUGGGCGCAGCAGUGGAGGAGGUGCAAACUCAAGAACUUCUUCUUCCAAACGCAGCCUUCCACGAGGGCCGAUCUAUCAGUUAAGCGAUGGCUGUAGAACUGGGGUCAGAGUGAUUUUGGGGAAUGAAGAUCCUAGUCAUCGCACUCGAGGAGAACGCAGAAGCGGAGAAGGAGAUGUUGAACAAGGUGGAACAAGUGCAAGUCCUUCUGCGUCUAGCUGUAGUACGGCGAGUCCCACCAGUGCUUGUAGUCCUGCUAGUACAACUGAAUCAGGAAGCAGUCUUUUUGCAACAUCGGGUGGAACUUCUAGCCUGUCACCUUCUGAUCAAACUGUAGAAACUACGGAUGUUGAAUCUCCGUCUUCGUCUAGUUCCGCUUGUCCGACGCGGAGUUCAUCAAAAAGAGCCGAAGAUCAUACUGAUGGAGUCCUAGAUACAACUUGUACAACUUCUCGACCCGAUUGCUACCUCUCCGAGCGUGACAUAGUUCGUGUACACUGUACUACAGAUUUUCCGGCUGACCGACCAGGCCAUGUGUUUUGCAGACCAUGCAUCUUGAACUGGAUUGACCAGAGUCGUUGGAGAGGAGACGUGAGGACGCAGUCGUGGAUCUUUGAUGCGCAGAUUAGGCGGGUGGAAGUUAUGUCGUGAAGAUGAUUAAGGAAACGUAUUUCUUAGAUUUAUUCUGAGAGUCAGGCACAAGAACUCGCACCACUACGCUCACCUAGAAAUCCAAACAGGUAGUUGUAGAGAAUGGGUCUAAGUACCCAAAGCGAAGAUGAAACGCCUCACUCCAUUUUGUUCAUAUCCCAAAGAGUCGCGCGAGUACGAUAUGCAGAGCGGCAGCGGGCGCGGUUCCUGCUUAUGCAGAACCUGGACCACGGGCCGCCACAUGCGAGGUGUCCCAUUUGCAUGCAAGUGAUGGAAGCAGAAAGUAUUCGCGAGGCCGCCAAUGGGCCUGUGAGGAUUUUUCCUGUACCAGAGCAACCACGACAUAGAAGCAGGAGUCGGGACCCUGACGCGGUUCGGGGUAAAACGAAUGCUACACCCCAUGGCGCUUCUGGAAGUUCUACAACUACAUCUUCUACGAGGAUGUCAAACGCUAACGCCAGAUCAAGAACAUCUUCGCCUCGUGGCUCGACAAGGGUUUCCUCAGGACCUACAUUCGCUACUGCAGGCUUACCCACUCGCGGAAGCGGACAACUGGUGUCGCUGUUGCGGAGGGGUAGAAAUCUUAUGACUUUGGUACUACAACUAACACUAAGAAAAUAGAAUGGUGCCCAUGUCGCUGAUGGUGUUUUGCUCUGAAGCGGAGCGUCAUGAUUGUUUACCCUCUCCAUCUCUAAAUACACCGCGAGGAUCCGUAUAUGUCGUCGGAUUGGACACCUGUGCCGAGAUGUGGGAGUGGGUAUCUGCGUCGCUUUUCACGUCGCUUUACUCGGUUAUGCAAUAAUACUGAUGUUAAGGACACGAGGCAGCUUGAAUUUCAUUCGUCGAUAUUACUAUGAACAUUUAUUAUUUGUUCUUUUAGUUUAGUAUUAAAUACCUGUCCCGCCAUUUUGAUUUUUAGGCUAGUGGUACUAAAUGGGACACCUGGGCGAUCUGGAUGCUUAGUCUCUUCCUUCGGUUACAGUGCAGCCCCUACCUCGGCUUCUUGGUCUUUGUGAUGUAUGCUCUAAUACUUUUCCAGCGCGUUCAGCUCGCCCCUCUUCCCUCUGCGCCCUACAUAAAUCCUGGCGUAUUGGACAACCGUUGCUGCGCAAAUCCUGAAGGUAUUAACUGCGUGUCAGAACUUCUGGAGGGCUACAGUACAACAACGUCGAAAGCACCAUAUCCAUCUCCAACUUCAUCGCUACAACCUGG